AUGUUUACCUUACUUACCAAGUUUGCAUCUCUCACCUUGGAUUGGAAUGGCUUGACUGGCCACAGAGUGAAGGAGAAAGUCAAUUCUUCAGAAAAGAAUAGCGCACAAGUCAUCAAAUUGGCAAAGAAAAACUGCUCUGGAAAAAUUACCAGCAUCAACAGCUUUGAAGAAUACGGUGUCAUUGACAGUGAUAUUUUCUUUCCAUUUAGUGCAAUUUAUGCUGGCCAAGAACUUUCUGCUGGUGAUUCUGUGUUAUUUGAUGCACGUCGAAAAGAGGUCUAUCAUUGUUGGACUGCUUCACGUGUCGAAUUAGUUAACAGAGGCACAAUAGACAAUAAAAAAAGAUCGAGUGAAAAAGUCUCUAACUGUAUAACUUUGAAAACUCCUGACAAAAAUUCUUUAAUGGCUAACAAAGAUUUAAAUUCGUUGAGUGCUGAAUUUAAAAAUCCAGUUAUGGAUCGGACUGAAACAAUUGAGCAGAUUGUAUCAGUAUGCAAUGGCCGAUAUGGGAGGUUAAAAGAUGGCGUUGAGUUUUUUGUUGAAGAUGGUGAAAUCAACUUUGUUCCUGUAACUGGUGACAUUCUCUCAGUUACUGUCCUUUAUAAUGAAGGUGGUAAGAAGGUUGUGUCUUGGAAACCAAAAGAAAUAAAAUGCAUUGAGGGAGAUAUAACUGCAUGUGAAAAUGAUUGUGGAGUCAUAAAUGAUGAAAUUAUGUUUUUCCGAAAUUCUUGCCGCCAGAAAGUGAAUUUAUAUGUCGGGCAAAAGGUCUCGGCUAUGAUCGCUUCAAGUGAGCAAGGUUUGUUCAAGUGGAGAGCGUUUUCUUUGUGCACUAGCAAUGAUGAUACUGAUGAUGUACGUAAACCAUAUAUUUCGAAUAAAGAUGGAAUUUAUAUUACUGAACCAUUAAAUUUCAAUAAUAUUUCUUUAGGGAAGGAAAAUGAUUUACAAAUUACUGUGCAGAAUAAUACUUCUUCAAAUUUAGUUCUUCAAAGUUGCUAUUUUCAAAAUAAAAAAGGUGUGUUUUAUAUAGGGAAAGGUUUAGAAACUGCUCAGUGUAUACCAGAUAGUAGUAGUGUCGAUAUCACGAUUCAUUGUAGAACUGAAGCCAUUGGACAGCAUGAAGAUUUUCUGCUAUUUGAGUUUACAGAUUGUAUUAUUAAACGCAAUGUGACUGUAACUGUCGUUGAUCCUUUGCAGCACAUUUUAAAUCCUUCUGCUCCUUUCUCUCUUGCAAAUAAGAAACGUCAAAAUCAACUAGACUGUGAAAAUUUACUCAUAAUUCCAGGUAGAAGACCAUAUAAGCCUGUUUCGCAGUUCUCAAAUAAACUUCCUCCUUCUCUAAUUCCAAAACCUCUUCUAAAAGCUGUUCAAAACAGGCAAGACCUGACUUUAGUAGUUCCGAGCUUAUACAAAGAAUUGACAAUGCAUAACUAUGUCUCAAAGUUUUCGACACUUCUUCAUUUGGAAGAAAUCCAAGUUCGUUAUGAUAUGAAGAAAUUCGAUCUUUCUGAAGCUAUAUUGCAAAGGAAAGGAGAAUUUUUAAGUCUUGAAGUGGAAGGAUUAGCUGAAGGACGUCCUUCUUUAAUUAUAGGUGACAAAGCAAUCCUUGUACCUCCUUAUCAGAAAUCCAGUUUUGCAUUUGAAGGUUGUAUUCACGAAGUACAUCAAAAUGCAGUUCUUUUAAAAUUUAGCGACUCUUUCCAUACGAGUUAUGAUGGAGAGUCGUAUGAUGUGCGAUUUGAACUGAAUCGAACCAAUUUCAGAAGAUUACAUCAGUGUGUUCAUCAUGUAUCUGAGAAUCACGAAUAUGCUAUUUUUCCUUCUAAACUAAUACUUGAAGAACCUUUAGUUGAUUUGGGACUACUUCCUAUUCAAAAGCGAAUGAAUAAUAAUAAACGCCAAAAAUAUCAAGCUAAGCCUUCAGAUGUUGCAGUCUUACAGUGGAAAAAUAAUAAGCUAAAUUGGAAACAGAAAGAAGCUGUUAUGCGAAUUCUUGAGUGUAGAUGUAGGCCACUUCCAUAUAUUAUUUUUGGUCCCCCUGGGACAGGCAAAACUGUAACCCUUGUAGAAGCUGUUCUUCAAGUAUAUGAAAAUAUCCCGGAGUCCCGAAUUAUUAUUUGCACACCUUCUAAUAGUGCUGCCGAUCUUGUGGCACAAAGAAUAAUUGAAAGUGAUUUGAUCGAUAUUUCUGAAAUGGUUAGACUGAAUAGUUACCAAAGAUCUGUAGACUCGAUACCUGAAUUUAUUAGACCUUAUUGUCAGGAUAAAGAUUCAAUGGAUCAUCUUACACAGUAUCGUAUUGUAAUCAGUACUUGUUCCACCGCUGGCUCAUUAUAUACAAUUGAUUUAUGCCAUGAUUUUUUCACUCACGUUUUCAUUGAUGAAGCUGGUCAGUUAAUGGAGCCUGAAAGUGACAUAGCUGUCGGAUUUAUUGAUUCCCAGACAGAAGGUCAAGUGAUCAUGGCUGGUGAUCCAAAACAGUUAGGUCCUGUGCUUCGAUCAUCCCAUGCUUUAACAUAUGGGUUACAGGUAUCUUACCUAGAAAGGCUAAUGAACACUGCCUUGUAUGCCAGGAAUGAGAGGGAAUAUAAAGAAUAUGGAGGUUAUAAUCCAUUACUUGUGACAAUGCUAGAAGAAAGCUACCGAUCUCAUCCAGACAUCCUGCGUUUUCCCUCUGAUAUGUUUUACUACUCUCGAGUAGUGUGCCGUUUUCCUAUGGAUAUUGAUCAUGAACUAGUGAGCUGGGACGAGCUUCCAAACAAGGGUUUUCCUGUGAUUUUUCAUGGUGUUAAAGGUGAAGAACUUCGAGAACAAAAUAGCCCAUCGUGGUUUAACCCAGCUGAGGUUGUCCAAGUGGCAAAGUACUUGCAGAAACUUUAUAAUUUUGGCUUAUCGCCUAAUGAUGUGGGUAUUAUUGCUCCAUAUAAGAAACAGGUGGAAAAAAUUAGAAUGCUUUUGACAGCUUUAAAUUUAGAAUUUUGCAAAAUUGGAUCUGUGGAAGAAUUUCAGGGCCAGGAAAGGCGAGCCAUAAUUAUCUCAACUGUUCGAUCUUCUGAUCAGUAUGUCAGUUCUGAUUUACUCUAUAAUUUAGGAUUUAUGAGCAAUCCUAAAAGAUUGAAUGUAGCUAUUACACGGUCACAGGAACUUUUAAUUGUUGUUGGUAAUCCCCAUAUUUUGUCAAAAGAUCUUUUCUGGCAUUCAUUUGUACGUUAUUGUGUUGUCAAUGGUUGCUACACUGGCUGUGAAUUGCCACUAUCUUUUAUACAAAAUAAAACAAAUGAUGUUUAAUUAUGUAUUUUAUAGUAAAAUACUUUGUAUAUUGCUUAUAUUUUUGUUUAUAUGAGAACGGAAAAUAUGUUCUUAUCUUGUGCAAAUGAAGUAACUAUUUUUCACCACAACGCUUAUAUAUAGAGACACAAAGAUGUUUUUACAUCAUAAUUACUGUUAUUUGAAUUCUUUAUACUUUGGCAAAUGUGUAUAUAUAGCUAAAGUCUUUGUAUAAUCCAUGUUGAUGUACACAGCUUAUGUGAAAUUAAAGAAAUUUCAUAUUCGUUAAUUUCAGGUAGUUGCACUAUAUUUGAAUGGGAAUCCUAUCUUGAGUUCUCAUUUUAUCUUGCAUUUUUCCUGAUUCAAUAGAAUGGCUUCAAAAUUCACUAUGAAUUAAUGACCACUUAGUUGUAUGAGCUUGCUGUUGAAGUACUUAUAUUGAAUUUGUGUAAACAUUAAAGAUAUCAUUUUUGAGAAAUAAUGUGUUUUUAAAAAAAAUCAUUCUUUUAUUAUGGAUCUUGUAUGUACCCUAUCAUUAUUUCAGCAACUACAUUUGCAUUACAUAUUAUCAUUCUUAUAUAUUUGCAUUAAUGUUGUUGAAUAUUUUUUCAUUUAAAAAUUUAUUUCAUAUCUUAGAUUUUACUUUUAGGUUUUGUUUUAUUUUAUCGGUACAGAAAUAAAUAAUGCUUCAGAAAACUGAUGUUCUCCUUAAUAUUUGUCUAAAAGUUUUAGUUUGUUAUUACAUAAAAGUAUAUCUUGAUUGAAAAUUAGACACAUAAGAAUAGCAUUUGAUGUUUUUGAUGAACUUCCUUGAAUAGUCCUGUAAGUUUUUAAUUAUUUAUAAUCUAUUUCUUUUUAUAGCACAUUGUGCAAAUAUUUGUCUACUUUGUUAAUUAUGUUUAUUUUAUGACUAGGGAAAAAUACUCCCUUCUGUGGAAUUUAAAAGAUUAUUUUUGAGUAUCAGUAAUUAACAUGUCUAUAUUAUUCAUUUGAAAUAAAUAUAUAAUUUUUCUUAUCUUUUUCAGUGUUAGAAAUUCAGAAAAAUAGCUUAAAAUUUAUUAUUUAAAAGUUAAUCAACUUCUUGAACAUUUAAAAAAGAAUGUCUUGUGUUUUCAUUUGGCAUUAAAAAUUGCAUAUUAUAUAUAUAUUAAAUAAUGUUAAAGAUAUUGUUUUAUUUUUCAGUUGUCCAAACUUAUCCUUUGUAAUCAUAUUGAAUACUUUGAUAAAAUGUUCUUAUUUUAAUUGAAAUCUUUGCUUAAAUCUUUUACUUUUAUUCUGAUGCUUUCUUCUUUUCGGAUGUCAAUUAUCUUACAUUAUUCUGGAUUAUUAUUAAAUAAAAUAUGUAAAUUAUAUUUUUCUAUAACUUAAAUGUGUAUCUUUGUUAGCAAGACUCCCUCUUCCCACAUAUUGUUUAUUCAAUGUACAUUGCCAUUAUAUACAUUUAAGAAAAAUGAAACUUCUGUGUGGGAUGCAUUGCUGUUUUAUUAAAAAUCAAAUUUAAUGUUUGUGCUGAAAAUAUGUACUGUUUGUGGAUGAUUAAAAUGGUUUUUUAUAUAUA